AUGGUGUUGGUUGAUGAAAAGGGUGCAAAGAUUCAAUGUACUGUCAAGAAGGAGUUGGUUCCUAUGUUUGAUGAACUGAUCAAGGAGGAUACUUCUGUGAUUAUCAAGAGAUUUGGUGUUGGUAAAAACGAUGACCCCUUCCCUAUCGUCCAACAUAAGCUAAAGUGUAACUUUUACAAAACUACUGAAGUACAACAUGGUGUGCCUUUUACAUACAGUGGGUAUGGGUUCUCAUUCUUGCCUUUCAAUGAGAUCACUGUCACUAAGGCUAGAGAUAAAGAUACCCUCAACAUUGAUGUUAUUGGUUGUGUAAGCUGGUGUGGAAAUCUUGAGGUGUUCAAGUCUGCAACUCAAACACGCAAGAGUGGUAGAACCCCGCGUUGCACUUUGUGGAAUGAUUAUGCAGUUCAGUUUAAUGCCUUUCUGGAGCAGAACAAAUCUGAAGAGCAUGUCAUUGCCAUCAUGCAACAUGCUCUCAUUAAUGAAUGGAAGGAAAACUUGAUAGUUCAAACUGAUAAAUUUGGUACAAGAAUUUUUAUAAAUGAAGAUAUCCAAGAGGCUAAUGACUUUAGGAGGAGGUUGAUACUUAAGGAAGGAGUUAAUGAAGUUUCCCAUACAACUUUAGCUUCACAGACUGUUUACCCAAUUCGCUUAGAGUUUAUCCUAAAUACCGAUAAGAAACAGUUGGAUGAAGUGAGAGAUUCUGAAGAGACUGGAGACUUUGUGGUGGUGGCCACAAUCGCUAUGCUUGAGCAAGAGUUUGGAUGGUUUUUUAUUGGUUGCCGCAAAGAUGGUAAGAAAGUGAUUACCAAGAUGGAGUACUUGGAAGUUGCAAAUGAAAAUGAACUCACUGAUGAGCUGAUUAGUGCUCCAGCUGACAGUCUAUGGUGUCGAAAAGAAAAAGCAAUUGCAACAGAAGUUGUACCCAAGUUCAGAGUUACCAUGAGAGUCCAAGACAGCACCGGCAGUGCAUCCUUUGUUAUGUGGGAUAGAGAUGUCCAAAAGUUGCUUGGGUUAAGUGCAAAUGAUAUUCAUCAAAGGCAAUUGAACAACAAUGAUGAUGAGUCUUACCCUCAUGAACUUGAAGGCCUCUUAAAUGUGAAAGUGGCAUGUAAGAUCAAGAUUGACAAAUACAAUCUGAAACACAAGGGCAGUGCUUAUACUGUUAUCAAGAUGUGUGAUGAUCAUGAUAUCAUUGCUGAAUUAGAAGAACCAGCAGAACCAGAAAACAACAGUGAGGUCCAGGGAGAGCCUUCAAUGCCUCAACUAGCAACUGUUAAACUUGGUGAGGAGUCGCAAGGUGCACCGGAUUCAAAGGAUGCAUUCUCAGUUACUGGCGAUUCUUUGGCCACCGAGAUUGAGAAAGAUAGUGAGACCACUCCGUUGCAGAAAAGAGAUAAUGAAACUCCCGGUGUUGAAUCAACAAACAAGGUUGGGAAAAGGAUGCGCAGACCCAAAAUUUACUAUGAACAAAGAAGAAUGAUUUGGAUGCAGGUUCAGGAAUCACUUCAACUUUUGACAUUGGUAGUUCCAGCAAUAGCAACGUAA